AUGGCAGCGGUCAAGAGAUUGAACGCUCGCAAGGGCAUUUGCAACACCAAUCCCAAGUAUAGCGUUGAUUCGUCAGCACCCAAGAUGAGAGCUCCUCAGGCAGCAAACGCUGGACCUCCGCUGCCACAGUUGUACGUUGAUACCAUUACAAGAGCCUUUGGUGAAGACGCAGACUUGCACAGAGACGUACUGAGAAUAGCACCUGAUGCAAUGCCGAUCGAGCAGCGAAUUGCCUACUUCAAACGAGGACGAGAAAUCAUGAAACAAGCUGGCUCAGCAAUCACAGCACCGAGAGAUCUUCCUCCUACCAUUCGAGCUAGACUCAAGGCCAUUAACAUGGCUUACGAUAUUAUUUCCAAUCCAGAAUGGCACAGACAAUAUGUGACACGUAAUGAGCAGUCUCCACGGAUAAAGUCUGGUGUUCGAUUCAAUGAUCACAUUCAAGAACAUGUCUAUGAACUCGACCCAGCAGAACGAGAAUAUAUGCGUGAAAGGAGAGAACGAAGAAUGCAGCGGCUGAAAGAACUGGAAGCUGAUGCGCUUUCAAACGAAUCCUUUUGGAACGACUUGUUGGCCGACAUGGAAAAUUUUGAGCUAGGAUUGGGUGGCUUUCUGCAAGCUUUUCCAGAUCAGAUCGCUGGUCAAGAACUACAGGAGGCGCUGACAGAUGACAGCAGUUUCCCAGAUACACAAAGCUUUUCUUCCUGGCUGUCAAGUUCUGUGAAGAAGGGAGGGUCCUUGGUGGAUGAUGACAUUGAAACAAGUAGCUACAUGAGCUCAUUCAAUCCAUUUGCAGAAGAAACUCCCAGAAGUUCUUCAAAAAGUUCUUCAAGAGGGAAUGUGAGAAGUCCGACAUCACUUCCGCAAGAGCUUGCCGAGACGAAUCGAGUCCCGAGAGGUGCGGGAAAGAAGGAAACCCGCAAUAGCAACCCGUUCCGUGAUGAGGUCCCUGAUUCAUCAAGCACGUUCAAUAAUGACGAUGAUACGACUAGCCUAUUUUCAGAUGGACCUCUCGAUAUAUCGCCAGUAACCAGUCCAUUUGACGAUGAAGAUGAUGAUGACGAUGCGACCAAUCCAUUUGAAGAUGGAGCUUUGGAUAUAACUAACGAUGAUGCUCCUGACGAUGUCUCCAACCCGUUCUCUGCGGCUGCAUCGGAUUCAAGGUUUAGCAUUGGAACCUUUCAAAAGAUGCAAAAAGAGCGCAGAGCACAACGAGCUAGUACACGUUCUUCCAAUAGUCAAAUCUCCCAAGAUCUAAAGGGAGCUUUUGAUAAUCCGAGAGCAUCCGCAGCACUUGACAAUGACGAUGGUCGACUGACUCAGCGGCAAUCUAAGAAUCCUUUCGAUGAUGAGGAAAACGAUGUUUCGGGCGAUCAAACGUCUGUUUUCGAUGGCUUGGACGAGGUCUGGGAUGACGAACAAGGGGUCCAUGUGGACGGAGAGUCGGUCAUCAGCGACUUGAGUGAGAGUGUGGUUGCGAAACGCGCAAAGCAAAAGCAACAAGCUUUUCAACCUUUUGCUAUGGAUACGGUGAAAGAGGACACUCCUGGCUCCUCUAACCUCAACAAGGAUGCUUCAGCUGAGAAUCCAAGUUGGGGUGGUUCGGAAAAUGAACAAGUCGGUUUCACUGCAGCGGCUUCUGCAAUUGCUGCGUGCUGUGCUAAUAUAGUGGCCGAUUGUCAGAAGAAUACCGAAGCAAUGGCAAACUUGGAAAUGAAGAACUUUACUACAAUCGACUUUCCAAGCAUGUUCACAGCCGAACAAAGUAAAAAACCAGAGCUGGAGCAGGAUCCUUUUGAUGAAAUGGAGGAGCUGUUUAAAGAAAUGGGUGACGAGCUUAAUGAUGAGCUAGGUGAAUUUUAG